AAAUGACGGUUGACGGAAGAAAGAUACCAGCUGCGGUAUGGGGUAAGCAGUAUAGCUAUAAGCUUAUCUCCCAAAUGACGGCUUCUGGGGCUCCACCUACCUUUCUCUCUUAUCUCAUAAUUGCUUGUUUCUUAGAGCGCUGUGAUGAGUCAGUAUAGCCGACCGAUGUCGGCCUCGUCCCGGAGGAAUACAUCGUCAAGCACAUGACAAUCCAACGGCGAAAUGGUUUUUAGAUCUCCCCCACUUUCAUCUGAUUGACCAAGUGGGUCAGAGUGGGGGAUAUUGUUAUUAUCCGGUCCAUAUAAUAAUAUCAGGUCGAACUCUCAGCGACUUUGUUAUUCAAUACACCACCAAUUUUCACCUUUCUCCUCUUGAAACGCAUAGCCAACUUUCCAUCUUUACGAUCAGCGAUAACAACAAUGACUAGGCCGGCUUUUCUCAACGACCUCGAGCGUGACGGUUAUGUCGUAGUUCCGGGCAUUGUUCCAGAGUCAAGUUGCGAUGAGUUUAUCAGCGAAGCUUGGGAAUGGCUGGAGAGCUUCCCCUAUGGAUUCAAGAGAGAUGACAGGUCUACUUGGACCACCGAACACUUACCUUAUAGCACAACUGGAGGCUUGUACAACAGAUAUUCUGUCAACCACGAAGCUUUCGUGUGGAAGAUUCGAACGGACCCUGGUAUUAGGAAGAUCUUCGAGCAGAUCUGGGAUACAGAUGAUUUGAUCGUAUCUUUUGACGGCAUGAACGCCUCCCUACCUAUUAAUGACCAAACGGGCCGCACGGACAUAAAGCCCACUGCACCGUGGCCUCAUAUUGACCAGAACCCACGAAACGUCAACCGUUUCGAGCUAUACCAAGGUAUCGCAAACCUCGCUGCUAAUGGGCCUUCUGAUGGAGGACUGUGCGUACUUAAAGGGUCACACAAGAUUCAUCAAGAGUACUUUGACUCGAUGGGGGGCUUCAAGCCUGACCAAGAUGUGGGGGUAUUGGAGAAUGGUUAUAACUACAAGCUAGAGGACACCGAGUGGUAUAAGAACAAGGGGUGUGAAGAGGUGAAGAUUUGUGCUGGUAAGGGCGAUCUCAUUUUAUGGGAUUCGCGGACCAUUCACUGGAAUGCUUCCCCCAUAGGAGAUCAAACCCGCUUUGUAACCUAUGUAUGCUAUUGCCCUCGUAACUCGAUGUCUCCAGCCGAGCUUGCCAAGAAGGUGGAAGUAUUUAAAGGGCGUAAGGGCACUACCCAUUUCCCUUACUUGAAUCGUAUUCCAGUCGAGCGUCCAGGUUACUACAACGCUCUUCCCCGUCGACCUGAUGGUACGCUUGAUCCUGCCAACAGGACAAGGCCCAGGAAGGAACCAGAAGAAACUCCUGCCGUCCUCAAUGCUGUUGGCAUUCGAGCCUGAUCACAGCAAGUAUGUUAUUAUUCACAAAAUACUGUAAUGCGUCUAGUUGUAGUAUGGAUAUAGGUACAACAGAAGUUGUGGAGCUAUGUAUUGUCUAGUUAAAUCAUGACGUUACUCUAUGCAG